AUGGUUCGUACUCGCAACUCUAAUACCGACACUCAGGAUGUUACUCAAGAAACUAUUGCUACUAUUAUGGCUAAAGGUAGAACUAAGAAGGCUUCAACUCAGAAAAGGAAGAGUAAAUACACAAAGGGGGUUCAAGAUCCAGUGCAGCCCCCAACAGCAGCUCCGGCUCAGACAGCUAUAUCUCCAGAGGUGGGUCAGAUGUUUAAUGCUGUCAACAGUGCUAUGGAGAUGUUUAAAGCCUUCAUGGCCAGCCAGAAUGAGAGAAGAGAUGCGAUCCCACCUCAAUCAAAUAGACAGAACAAUUUUGAGUCCUCAAAAGUGAAUGAAUUUUUAAAGUUGAGUCCUCAAUUGUUCCAUGGUUCUAUAGCUGAUGAAGAUCCAAUGUUAUGGCUGGAGGGUGUCAAGAAAGCCCUUCGAGCGAUGAAGGUAUUUGAUAAUGAAGCUGUGGAGCUGGCUGCUUACCAGCUUAGAGAUAUGGCUGGCGCUUGGUUUGAGAUGUGGGAAAAGGAAAGAGAUGAAGAUGAUGGUCUGCCUACCUGGGAAAAAUUUGAAGAGGCCAUCAUGUCUAACUUUAUCCCGGAAGAGGAUAGGGAAGCUAAGGCUACAGAGUUCGAACAGCUCAAGCAAGGGAAUAAAAGUAUGCAAGAGUACUACAUGGAAUUCAUAAGGUUGGCUAAGCAUGCUCCUCACAUGGUUAAGAUAGAAAAAGCAAAGAUUCACAGGUUUGUUGGCGAUUUGGAUUACCAUAUUAAGGAUACAACAUCAGCUGCAACGGUAAGAAUGACAACUUUCUCCUCUGUUGUGGGAUUCACCAAGCAUUUAGAAAAAGAUAGACAACAAAUGAGAGAAGAAAAGGAGCAUAACAAGAAAGCCGGGACAGUGGGUAGGUUUAAUGGUACAUCUAGCGGAGGUGGAAGGGGUUCCUCCAAUAAGGAGUCAUUAGCACCAGCUUAG